CGCGCGUUUGGAUACGAGGUUUUGUGGAGAUCACCAAGUAGGGCAGUAUAGUGCGCCCCGUCCCUGGCAUCUCCAUCAAUCAAUCAACCAAUCAAUCAACCGGAUAACGGAACUGGGCUGACAGCCUCCUUCUCAUCCGCCUGCUCGAGUCGGACACAAUUUCUUAAAAUUUGCCGCAAAAGGUUGUUUUCAAUGGACUGAUCUACCAGUGUUGUUGUCAGUGAUGUGUCGGUAGCGCGCUCAGUGAUCUCAAUUACAGCAUGAUCUCAAAUUGAUGGAAACACUUUUGUAUUUGGAGAAGAACAGGGACAGCGACUUGGAACUCUGUUAAUCUCGUGUUGAGACACUCUCAGCGAAUAGUUGUUUAAUACAGAAUAGUUGAGAUUGUCGCUGUGUGUUAUACCGGGAGUCGUGAUCAGCGGGCAUGAGAGUGAGGAAAUUCGCCGCGGCUCGGAGAUCUGGGCAGGCUCGCGCUCGGGAACUACAAGGCUAGAUUUUCAACUUUUGUUUCAGACUUUAUCUUUCCAUAUGGACCGAUCGGCAUCGCUGGACAUCGAGGCGCUGAAGAUGACCCAGGAGCAGUACAUCCUGGCAUCCCAGCCUAACCCCCUCCAGAGGCCGGGCUGUCCUACAGUGUACCCGGUGGGGAUUUACGGUUGGCGGAAGCGCUGUCUAUAUUUCUUCAUCCUCCUUCUCCUCGUCACCAUGAUCGUCAACCUAGCCUUGACCAUCUGGAUACUAAAGGUCAUGAACUUCACGGUGGACGGCAUGGGAAAUCUUCGUGUAACCAAAGAAGGCGUCAGAUUAGAGGGUGUGUCGGAGUUCCUUCUGCCACUUUAUGUAAAAGAGAUUAAAUCCAGAAGGGACAGUCCUCUGGUUUUACAGUCAGAUCGCAACGUAACAGUGAACGCACGGAAUAACCUUGGCCAGCUGACAGGACAGCUCACUGUGGGCUCAGAGAUGGUGGAAGCCCAGUGUCAAAGGUUCGAGGUGAGAAGUAGCGACGGAGAGCGAGUCCUCUUCUCUGCCGAUGAAGAGGAGAUCAGUAUUGGCACAGAUAAACUGAGGGUCACAGGCAACGAGGGAGUCGUGUUUAGUCAUUCGGUGGAAACGCCACACAUUCGAGCCGAACCAUUCCAAGACCUGAAACUUGAGUCCCCAACGAGGACGUUGACACUGGAGGCCCCUAAAGGUGUGGAAGUGAACGCAGGAGUGGGGGAAUUCAAAGCUUCCUGUAGGAAGGAUCUCACUUUAGAGUCUUCAGAAGGAGAAAUCUUUCUAAAUGCAAAUUCAAUCCGUUUCGGCAAUCUUCCACAUGGGAGUGUGGACCCCUUGCUUGGUCCGGGGACCACGUACCCCAAACAGACUGUGUACGAGGUGUGUGUAUGUCCCAGUGGCAAGCUUUAUCUGUCUCCUGCAGAGAGCUCCUCCACCUGCCAGACCACCAACAGUGUGUGUCUCUGGAGCUGAGAAAGGUGGGUGGGCAGUGGACCACCCAGCACCAGAAAGGCCUUCCUUCACCUUUUCUCUCCCGCUCCUUUUCUUUUCAAGUCUUUUAAUCAAUAAUUCAUAUUUUGUUUGAUCUAUCUAUCUCUAUCUAUCAUUAGGCUGUCUGUCAUCAUUAAAGCCCCACAUUGUGCACUUUCUUUUACUUUUCUCUCUCUCUCUCUCUCUCUCUCUCUCUCUGUCUUUCUCUCCCCUCAUCCUCUCUAUCCUUUCAAAUGGAAAUCAGGAAUCAUUGGACGUAUCUCGGCUCAGUUGACGCCACAUCUUCCCAAUCUGUAAAUGGAGCAGAAACUCUCGUCGUUUCUAUUUUGUCUCUCUUAUUUUUAUACGGACGUCUGACUCCGUGGAGGACUGCGAGUGUGUGCCGGGAUGCCGGACUGCGCCUGUAAACGAGCACACACACAGCGACCCGCGAACGAGUGUGUGUUUUUCUAAAGAAGAUUCAAAAGGUGCCUUUGCUACUGUUAGUAAAGCACAUCACCUGUUACGCUCCCUCCACGUACAGUUAAAGAAACUGAGCGAAAGAACUCUUACCUUUGUUCACGGGUCGACUACGACGAACUUCUUUCCUCUUGGAUGUUUCUUUUUGGAAAAAAAAGCACAAGAUUAUGCCAUGUAUAUAACAACAUGAAUAAAUGAAAAUAAAAAGAGAAAGUUUAUUUUAAGAAUUUUGUAUUCAAGAAUGCUUGGUAAUGUUUCUUUUUUUAUGGUUUAGUUCUCAUGGUCAUGUUUACAUGUACAAUGGUGAGUCGAACAAUGUUGAUUUUUUAUACAAUUUUAUGUUAUCAACCAAAUUAAAAUGUUGAUUUGUGUUUAGGUCCUGACAAAAUUGAUCCUGCCAAAAGAGGUCCCGGCGACUUUUCUAAACUAUGUGUUUUUUUUUCAAGUUGUCUUGGUUAUUCCUUUCUCACAUAUUGUAGAGCAAAACUCAAUAUUGCAAGUUUAAUACUAAUAUUCAUUUAUGCAUUAUUUAUUGUUUUCUUUGUUUAGGGCUAUGGGCCAUUGCACUUGGGUAAAUUAAAAUAUGAUUUAGAUGGUCAUUUCUGAAAAAAACAUCCCACGGUGAAUGAAAAGUAAACUGCCAAUGUGGAAUAACCAUUACCGUUCUGUGUUAUACAGAGCAUUAUACAGUUAUGAGAAGGAGUUCGAGACCCAAUUGAAAUGAUAUGCAUGUAUGCAAGAAUAGCUCCUAAAAGGUAAUUUCAGUAUGAUAAAUAAGUAAAUAAUGAUUAAGGAAAGUUCUAUUUCACAAACAACAUGCACACAUUUAGAAGCCAUUGAUGUACAAAACUAAUUCCAAAAAGGUCAUUAACCGUACUGCACAUCAGUAACAACAGUCAUCCAAUAACACUUCUGUUUAUGGUUGUUAUGAACCUAUGACACACACAACAUUGACUGAGGAUUUUGAAAUCAGCUUUGUGUAGUUGCAUGGAUUUUGCCGACAUUUAAUAAUUUACUGUAAGCAUACUGUUAAUCUAAGUUUACAAAUGAGCUCCAUGCAUUGUUUUUCUAGGUGACCAGCUGUCUCCUGCCAUCUAUCACUGAAAUUUAAUAUCCCCCAAAAGAUACCCAAACCCCAUACGCCCUUAUCAAUGUUUUAAAUAUGUGAAGAUACUUGUACUUGAUGAUGAAACACCAUCAUCACCAGACAGGUGAACUUGCAGUAGUAUGAGGUGCUUACCGUCAAUUUCACCAUUUAUUUAUUUUCAUGUUUGUGUUCGGUUGGAGAGAGGUUUCUUAAACUCAAACAAAGAUAUAUUUUCUUAUAAAUUCUAUGCAAUGUGUUUUUUAAGGUUGCUGCGAGGUUGGACUAUGAUUCAGUUAUAGAGGUCAAAAAUAAUGUUCUAGAUUUUCUUUUCAUUAUAACUCAGUACUAUUAUUAUUUAUACACUCAGAUUAAACUGGCUCGUACAAAUAAUGAGUUUGAAAGAAAUUAAAAAUAAAUGUGAAAUAAUGCACAAAUGCAAAUAUGUUUAUUUGGAAAAUUAAAUAUCUUUAUUUGGGAAAUGAAACCAGGCACUCUCGCUUUCUUCAUUUUCUAUGUCUUCAUGACAAGUUUCUAAUGCCUUACGUUCGGAGAGAAUUGUUGAUUUACCAUUGGAAAAGUUUUGCUACGAUUCUCCCCCUCUCUGUCUUUAUAUUUUUUGUUCUGUCAAUUUUUCUGUCAAUUUUCGACUAGAAUGGGUAGAGGCAGAGAGAUGCAGUCUUUGAGGCUUUUGGAUCAAAUUUACCAUGAAAUUGAACAUCUUCAUAAUAGUAUGAGGUCAGUGCUUUGGUUAGGACACGCUCUCUUCUCUGACACCUCUAGUCUCAUUUGGAAAAACAAAAUGGUCUUAAAAAGCUUAAGAACUCUGUGUGAGGAGCUAAACAUCAGAGGAGAGGGAGUGCCAAAUCUAUAUUUCUCGGGGCCAUAAAAACUCUUUUUAUGUGUGUGUGUGUUCGAAAUACUGGCCUAUUAUUAAAUGUGUUGAGUUCAAGAACAAA